AUGAAUGGAGAAUUCAAGGAUGGAAAAGAUUUUCCAAUAUUCCUGGAUAAUAACGAUCCCCUUGGACAUUUCCGUCGAAGAUUUUACACGAAGAAAGACACAAUUUACGUGUGCGGUAACUCCUUAGGUCUAGCGUCUAUAGACGCUGAGGAAGCCAUGUUAAACGUCAUCGAGAAGUGGAAAAAUGAGGGCAUAAAGAUCUGGAACGUCGAUGACAACAAAUACCUGCUAUAUUCGGCGUAUCUGGCAAAACUAAUGGCGGUUAUCAUCGGCGCUAAUCCCGACGAAAUAGCUAUUAGCGAUUCCACAACGGUGAAUAUUCAUCAAGGUGUAAGCACUUUUUACAAACCAACCUCAGAUAAAUACAAAAUACUCGUCGACGACAAGAAUUUCCCAACCGAUCGCUACGCUAUAGACAGCCAAGUUAGGUUGAAGGGAUACGAACCAAAGGAUGCUGUUAAAGUCGUCACAUGUAACGGCAAAUUUUUUGACGAGGAUGAUUUCAUCGAGGCAAUGACACCAGAUGUUGCUUUGAUCCUGUUACCUACAGUAUACUACAGAUCAGCGCAAAUUUUAGACAUGAAGAAAAUAAGCGACGCCGCCAAGGAAAGGAAUAUUAUUAUAGGCUGGGAUUUGAGCCACGCAGUGGGGGCUAUAGAGAUUGAUUUGAAAUCACUGGACAUCGAUUUUGCUAUCUGGUGCACGUAUAAAUAUUUAAACGGCGGUCCUGGUUCUUCAGCUGGUAUUUAUAUAAACAGGAGACACUUCCACAUGCUUCCAGGCCUAGCUGGGUGGUUCGGUAACAAAUCCGAGACUCAGUUCAAUUUGCUCCAAGAUUUCGAGCACAGAGAAGACGCCAACGGUUGGCUGAUUGGAACGCCGCAUGUUUUAUCGAUGGCAGGUCUAGAAGGUUCCUUGAAACUACUGAACGAAGCUGGUAUGAAGAAUAUCAGAAGUAAAUCACUUCAUAUAACGGCGUAUUUGAUGUUUUUGAUAGACUCCAAAUUGACAGAACAUGGUUUCACUAUUGGUAAUCCAAGGGAAGAUGAAAAAAGGGGAGGCCAUGUUUGCUUGGAACAUGAUGAAGGCUACAGGAUAUCGAUAGCUUUGAAAGCUCGAGGUGUGGUUCCAGACUUCAGAGACCCAAAUGUUAUACGCAUCGCACCUAUCGCCUUGUAUACGAGUUACGAAGAAGUGUACAGACUAGUUGAAAUCUUGCUAGACAUCGUUACAAACGAAACUUACAAGGAAAUUAGUCAGAAAAGGGAUUUAGUCGUUUAG